CAGGGGCUCCAGCCAGUGCCAGGCUCACCCCACACUCCGCCCCUCGCGGGCCCGUGUCUGGGCCUCUCCCUUCAGGACCCUCGGUGCACGCUUGCCCCUCGCACCCCUUCCCCACCACACCUGCUCCGGCCUGGCAUGUUUCCCAGCUCACCACUGGCCCUCGGGCUCCUCCAGGCUCUGUCUGUCGUGGUGGUGCCACAGGCGUGCUGGUGCUGGGCUCGCAGGUUCUGGGGUUGGGGCGGCAGAGGCGUGUGCCCAGGUGGGCUGGCUGAGCAUGGAUCCUGGCAGCCGGAGGACGCAGGAUGGGGGCAGGGGAGGCAGCACUCUGGGAGGAAGCGGAGCCCAGCACAGGGAGACGUGUCUAAGCAGGACAGCCGCCAGGGCUGGACAGAAGCAGGGCUCAUGUUGGGCAGACUUGAGUCUGGGCGGCAGCUGGCCAGAUUGGGGGUGGGGCCCCCCUGGCCAUCCAGAGUACCAGGGGAGACAGCAGGUUUGAGCUGAGGCUUAGGACCUCACAUUUGGAAAAGAGGUGCCGGGGCCAGCCGUGCAGGGAGGCUGCAAAGGGUUGUGAGCACACAAGGGUCUGGUGGUCCAGACCGGAGUGCAGUGGGGAGGGGACUGGAGGGGCUGGAGAGGGGAGGGUGGGAGGCAGGAGACACGCAAGCCUGUUCUCACCUGGGACAGAGCGUUUCCUAAAGAAGCUGGGUGAGGGCAGGAGGAGGCUGGGGCGGGGAGAGACCAAAAUAUCAAACCAGGCCUCCUAGGCAGUCAGGGCACCGGCCUGAGGAUUACCUGCCUAAGUGCCCUGUGGAGAGGAGAGGGGGACUGUCUGGGUGCUGGGAGGAGAGAGGGUGGGCGGAGGCAGAGCUUAGGGGGUCUGUGGGAGGCAAUGGGUGGGAGAGGAGGUGAGCCCUCCCUUGAAAGACUAGGCCUGGGGUGGGGAAGGGGAGGCGUCCCCUCAAGACACAGGAAGGGGGGCGAGCUCAUCAGCUCUGGUGUGGGCCUCAUGGGGCCUCUUUCUCAGGCGAUGACUGUGGAGGGGACAGCCCUGGGAUUGGGCCACUGGCGCUGCCUAGGAAGACCUGGGGCAGCCAGGUGUGGACACCUGGCCUCCGAGCUGCCUUGUGGAGAAAACGAGAUCAGAGGCUCUAUGUGCAUGCCCCCAGGCUUUUCCACGGUAAAAGGGAUGAAUGCUUGAUUUGUAAAGUUGCUUGUCGUACAAUUCUACUUUCAAAACAUACUCCGACAUCCAGGCGCUCUUCAUGGGCAUAGACAGUCUGUGCAGGAAGUAUGCCAAGGAGACCUCCCAGUUUCUUACAGGGCAGUCAUUUGUAGGUAAAACCCGUGGAACGGUCUCUGUGGGGCCCUCUGUGACUCGAAGAGAGUGAAGCCAGCCGGGACCGAGGCUGCGAGCGCCUGCGCGGGGCCUGGGUUUGCCUGAGCGGUGGCAGCACCACCGGUUCCUGCUGAGCUGACUGAGAUCCGCCCCGAACCCUCCCCACCUCUGAUGCGCUCACCCGCCAGCCUCUCCCCAUGACGUGGAGAAGGGACACAGGGCGCUGGGCUGGACAGAGUCUCCUGACCCCUCAGCACAGACACCCUCGGCAUGUGCUGCUCCCAGACCGUAACCCGACCCAAGGACAUGCGUCUUUCCUCCGGCCCAGUCCUCCCACUGUCCUGGGCUCCAGGGUGGCAUGGCCGCGGUCAGCUCCUCCUCGGCCUCUGCGGAGACCCAGGGUUGGCUGCUGUCAGGCACGGCCUGCAGACUUUGUAUUCUGCAUCCUGUGAAGAAGAUGGGAAACCUUGCGUGCCACAGCCAGGACUCGGCACAGCCAGAUAAAUACGUAAAUGAACAGCUCUCCCUUCCCAGAAAUCUCAGAAUUUCAAGAAAAGCACAGGAGGAGACUGUUAGCCUUCUACGGAGAAAAGGUCUCUCAGUUGGAGGGGUCUCUCAGGAAGUCGACGCUGCGGGUGGAGCAGCUGCAGAGGGUGAGGUCACAACAAGCAGUUUUCAGCACAGUAAAAACUCCAGCUUCCAUGGUCUGUGCUUUCUCGUCACAGCGCCUUCAGCAAGGCCAAACGGACCUCUGUUCCAGUCCCGUGACUCAUCAGCCUCUGAAAGGGUCGAGUCCAUGGAAGUUGACCUCACGCCCUCUCCAAGGAGAAAGCCUGAGGUCAUCGCUGGCCCACCGAGGAUCUCCCUGCUCAGCCCACCUCGGGAUGGACGCAUGGAGAUGCUCACUGUCUUAGAGGCAGGAGGACUCAAGCCCUCUUCACAGGCAUCUGCACCCGCCUCCUACCUCCCAGAGCUGCGUGCCUGUCGGCGGUCACUCUUACCCGACCCAAGCACUGUUUCAUUGUGGGGCAGCUUGGCCAGCAGUGAGCUCUCCUGGUUUUUGGCCACCUUUGAACAACGUUGUCUUCAUUUGAGGGCAGCAUCGCCCACCGCCCUCAGCACCUUGGCCUGACGCCCCGAUGCUCCAGCGAGCCCCAGUCGCUCAGGAUCCCGGCCCUGCAGAUGCCCUGUGAGUGGCCCAGGCAGAGCCCAGCGCCCGCGGCGGGCAGAGGAGCAGCACCCAGGCAGC